UUUCAUCACUCCGCCAAUGUAAAGGAGGCCUGCCUUGCUUGUCAACGUGCACAACGUCGACCAGUAGCCUUGCGAAACCACACUGGAAGAACGAAAAAUAUCUCUUUAUCUACUCUUUAUUUUUUAGAAUUGCAUCUCAGAACCAUUUUCGGGCUGCAGAAUGACAUCUCCAUCACGAGAUCCUCCUGUGUUAUCUAGUUCGCCGACCUCUAUGCGGGGAUGUUCGCCUGUACGACGUCGGGAGAACAGAGAGAAUUCGAGUCAAACAGAUGUUACAGAAGCGAUCUCUCGUCAACGACAUUCACCAACGCUUGUUCGAUCAUAUGAUCCUAAUGACCCGGAUGCGAGAGAGCGACAGAGAACGAUGGACGUAGACAUGGCACUGCAUCUUUCUCGAGCACGUAGAGAGACUAUCACGGUCUCUCCAGUCAUCUCGCCUUAUGAACCUGCUCCCCGGCAGACAGAACAUCCCGAAUCCACAUUCCCCUCUCUUUCUGUGCACGAAGAACGAGAGAUAGACUAUGCCAGGGGACAAUUCCAUCCCGUAGGACAUGACCUUGUUAACGGACGGCUCGACGAUGAGCAUAUACACACUCGGGUGACUCCUGUCGACUUCGGAAUGCAUCACCUAGACCAAGGCCAUGAUCCCUCACUUCUUGCUACACUCGGUGGUCAACUUCCCAACACAGAUCAUGAGGAUCCUGCUUCCAUGUCUGGACUACCGACAUACCAAGCUAACGUGUCCCGCUCCA